CCGUGGUGCUCGCGGCCGUAUCCAAGCAGAGGAGAAGGAGAGGAGGCGCGGCGGGGCGGGGCAGCUCGAGUCCUCGCCGCAUCGGAUCGGCAAGAUCCCGUCUCCGGGGCGGCUGAGGCUCCCUCCUCCAAAACCCAAACCCGGCCGCCGCCUGGGCAGGAUGGAGACAUCGGCGCCGCCCAAUGCCGCCGCGCCGCCGCCGGCGGAGCCGGCGCAGCAGCGGCGCAGGCUGCCGGACUUCCAGCAGUCGGUGCGGCUCAAGUACGUGAAGCUGGGGUACCACUACCUCAUCUCCCACGGCAUGUACCUGCUGCUGUCGCCGCUGAUGGCGCUGGUGGCCGUGCAGCUCUCCACCGUGUCCCCAGGCGACCUCGCCGACCUGUGGGAGCAGCUCCGCUUCAACCUCCUCUCCGUGGUCGCCUGCUCCACCCUCCUCGUCUUCCUCUCCACCGUCUACUUCCUCACCCGCCCCCGCCCCGUCUACCUCCUCGACUUCGCCUGCUACAAGCCGGAGCCGGAGCGCAAGUGCACCCGCGAGACCUUUAUGCGCUGCUCCAACCUCACCGGCUCCUUCACCGACGACAACCUCGACUUCCAGCGCAAGAUCCUCGAGCGCUCCGGCCUCGGCGAGGACACCUACCUGCCCCCCGCCGUGCUCCGGGUGCCCCCUAACCCGUGCAUGGACGAGGCCCGCAAGGAGGCGCGCGCCGUCAUGUUUGGCGCCAUCGACCGGCUCCUCGAGAAGACGGGCGUCAAGCCCAAGGACAUUGGCGUCCUCGUUGUCAACUGCAGCUUGUUCAACCCGACGCCGUCGCUGUCCGCCAUGGUUGUGAACCACUACAAGCUGAGGGGCAACGUCAUCAGCUACAACCUCGGCGGGAUGGGCUGCAGCGCCGGCUUGCUCUCCAUUGACCUCGCCAAGGACCUGCUGCAGGUGCACCCCGGCUCGUACGCGCUGGUGAUCAGCAUGGAGAACAUCACGCUCAACUGGUACUUCGGCAACAACCGGUCGAUGCUCGUGUCGAACUGCCUGUUCCGGAUGGGCGGCGCGGCGAUCCUGCUGUCGAACAAGCGGUCCGACCGCCGGAGGUCCAAGUACGAGCUGGUGCACACGGUGCGCACGCACAAGGGUGCCAACGACAAGUGCUUCGGCUGCGUCACCCAGGAGGAAGAUGAGGUCGGCAAGAUCGGCGUGUCGCUCUCCAAGGACCUCAUGGCGGUGGCCGGCGACGCCCUGAAGACGAACAUCACCACCCUCGGGCCGCUCGUGCUCCCGCUGUCGGAGCAGCUGCUCUUCCUGGCCACGUUGGUCGCCAAGAAGAUACUGAAGAUGAAGAUCAAGCCAUACAUCCCCGAUUUCAAGCUGGCGUUUGAGCACUUCUGCAUCCAUGCCGGCGGCCGGGCCGUGCUGGAUGAGCUGGAGAAGAACUUGGAGCUGACCGACUGGCACAUGGAGCCAUCAAGGAUGACGCUGUACCGGUUUGGCAACACGUCGAGCAGCUCACUCUGGUACGAGCUGGCGUACACCGAGGCGAAGGGGAGGAUCAGGAAGAGGGACAGGAUCUGGCAGAUUGCGUUUGGAUCUGGGUUCAAGUGCAACAGCGCCGUCUGGAAGGCACUGCGAACGGUGAACCCGGCGGAGGAGGAGAACCCCUGGAUGGAUGAGAUUGACAACUUCCCAGUGGAUAUCCCAAAGAUUUCAAAGGUUGGAAACGCAUGACAUGAAACGCCUUGUUUGUUCGAAGAGUAGUGAAGCAUGGUGGGUUGAUUGGCAUUGGCAUUGGCAUUGGCAGGAAGUUUAUCUUCAUAGUUCCAAAUCCAUUUGCAAUUGUUCAGAGUUUUAUGUUUUCGGUUGUAGCAUCUGUUGGGAGGAACCUAAAACCGUAGCUGAUUCAAUUAGGUAGAGAGGGUGUGUUUUCUUCGCUAGGGCUGUCUGAUGAUGCUGUACUUAUUCAGAUUGGAGAAAACAAUUGGAGUUUCAUGUGAU